AUGGCUGGCGGUUCGCUCGAGCCAGGGCAAAAUGGAGCCGCGCCCAACCAGCGCAAGCGCAAGGCUCCGGCCCCCGCCGCAGCCGCUGAGGACGAGGCGGAGGAGCUGGAGAGUGUGGAGGAGCUGGAGAGAGAGGUAGCCGAUCUGGACCGCCUCAUCCUCGAGCACCUCCGCGGCACCGCCACCCGCCUCUCCGACACUGCCGUCUCCCGUCUCGGCGCGCUCCGCCCGCCCGCUCGGCUGGAAGUUGCAGUUCUCUCGGAAACAUCAGUUGCUGAAGAUGACCAGGAGCGUGAGAAAGUAAACAUCCUCAAAUCUAAGACUGAAGCUAAUAUUGCAGAUCUGCCGAAGGUACUUCAAAAAAUAAAUGAAACCAUUGCUCGGUGUGAGAAGUCAACGAAUCUGAAUGUUAAUGCCAAUCCUGUGUUUGAAAGGAAGCUGUAG